CUUCCUCUUUAAGCGUGACUUCAAGGUGGACGACUAAUCAGUUGGACAUCUUCACAUGUAUUUGGAUAUCAGCAAAUGAUCACAUGACUACAAGAGAGCCCCUCAUUGCACGACCGCAGAAGGUUUGAGAAGAUGUGCGUGUCGAGGUGUCUGCGCUGUGUGGGCGUGUCCCUGGUUGCCUUGGCGAUCGUCUGUGUGCUGGCCAACAUCCUGCUGCUGUUCCCAGAGAUGAAGGUCCACUUCCUGCUGGAGGGUCAUGUGACCAGAGAGGCCACCUGGGCCACGGGGCUGUGGAGCUCUGGCGUCCUGGUUCUACUCGGAGCUCGAGCGUUUGUGCGUAGCAGCCAAACACGAGGCUGCUGUGCCUUCAGGGGUCAGAUGUUGCGUCAGGCGCUGUACUCGUGUUUGUGUCUGCUGGCGGCUGGCAUGUGUUGUCUGGUCAGCGCCACAGGACUUGUUCAAGGUCCUCUUUGUCUCUACAACACCACAUCUGGACCGGCCUGGGGGGUCCCGCUCAAACCCAUCGCAGACCAGGACGCUGGGUAUCUGUACAACAGGACUCGGUGGUCAGGAGUGUGUUUGGAGCCCGGGAGUGUGGUCCUUUGGAACGUGGUUCUCUUCAGUGUCCUUGGGGGCGCCAGUGGGCUUCAGAUGGUCCUCUGUGGCGCCAACAUCCUCAACGCGCUGCUGGGACUCGUCCUGGGACGUGGUGCAUCCAACAACAAGGUGGUCCCAGUUUCAGUGUGACCCCCAACAACACCGCAGCUGUGGUCCUUCUUCUCCACUCAAGUAAUCUUGUCUUUAGUGGUACAGCACUGAUGCACUUUUACAACAAGUUAAGCUCCUGACCAUGAAACUUGAAAACGAAUGAAGCUUGUUUCCGCAUAAUUAAGCACAUUCUCCUAAUGACUACACAUUUUGAAGGCCUACUGAAACCCACUACUACCAACCUGAUAGUUUAUAUAUCAAUGAUGAAAUAUUAACAUUGCAACACAUGCCAAUACGGCCGGUUUAAUUUACUAAAUUACAAUUUUAAAUUUCCCGCAGAGUUUCUUGUUGAAAACGUCCUGGAAUGAUGACGCGUGCGCGUGACGUCCCGGGUUGCAGGGGACAUAUUAGCGCAGCACCAUUUGCGGCUAAAAGUCGUCUCUUUUCAUCGCGCAAUUAAACAGUAUUCUGGA